AUGUGCAAUCUACUGGGCACUCGCCACAUUCGGACCACCGCCUACCACACAGCCGCUAAUGGGAUCGUAGAACGUCUGAAUCGACAGCUUAAAGUUGCUCUACGGGCUACAGACAACAGUACGUCUUGGAUCGAGCGCCUUCCCCUCGUCCUGCUUGGCUCCUGUGCAGCUAUCAAGGACGACCUCUGCAGUGCGGCAGAACUUGUGUACGGCUGCUCAAUCCGCCUACCUGGAGACUUUUUCGCGUACCCUCCACCACCUGUGCCGGACCUCGCAUCCUACAUCGAUCGUCUCCGCUUACUGUUUAAGACCUCAAGCCCACACCGUCCCGCACAGCCUCUAGAACAAGCAGUGGCGUCACUAGGCCCCGACCUCCUCCUAGCCUCCCACGACUUCAUCCGCCACGACGCCGUACGCUCAUCGUUGCAACCACCCUACGACGGGCCAUACAAAGUCCUUGACUGCGCGGAUAAGUUCUUUCGCUUGGAUCUUCCCCGCGGGCCUCAUACGGUGUCCAUCGACAGACUUAAGCCAGCCUACUUCGACACCACCUCCGAUGGGAUAUCGCGACCAGCUAUCCACAACCUCCCGGUCGCCGCCCAAGCCCUGCAUCGUCCUCAGCCUGCCGCACCUCAACCUCAACGGAGCGUCCACUGGGCCCCGCCCACAUCUAUCUCUUCACCCCAGAACAUUGGUGACCGUUGUUUCUGCGAGGCGGAAGUCCUUGUGGCGACGUACAGAUGCCGGUCAUCGUGA